AUGUCGACCAUGGAAGAAAACAGUGAAGAGAGCGAUGGAGAGUCAUUAGUUGAGGGUUUUGGUGAGAGUGAAGUAGGGGAUGAUAUUUCUGACAUUGAUGUAGGAAAUAUAUCAGUAAGUGACAGUGUUCUCGCUGGUGACGAUGAACUGUCCGACGACGCUGAUGACGGUGACCUGAACUGGACCGAUCAAUUUGACGACACUUUCGUGGUGAACGAUUUUCGCGAAGAAACUGGACCUCAACUGCCUGAAGAUUUUGAUGUAAAUACUGCUUCGCCGUUAGACUAUUUUUACAUGUUAUUUCCUAUGACAUUACUUGUUAAUAUUGUUGACCACACAAACAACUACGCAAUUUGGAAAAUGGCCCAAUCCGGCGAAAAUGACCCAAAAUGGAUAGCUACCACCGUUGAAGAAAUGGCCGCGUAUAUCGGACUGAACAUCUUUAUGGGGAUCGAUUCCAAGCCACAUUACAACAUGUACUGGUCAACAGAUGAAUUUAUUGGAAAUGCUGGUUUCAAAAAAACAAUGACGUGCAAUCGUUAUGAAAAACUAACGCGGUAUUUUCACGUGGCAGACCGACAAAGUGAACCAGAACGCAGAUCUCCAAACUAUGACCGGCUAUUCAAAAUUAGACCCAUCAUGAACACUGUGAAAGAAACAUUUUUUAAGUCGUACAAACCACACAGGGAGAUGGCUAUUGAUGAGGGAAUGAUCAAAUUGCUGGAAGAAACUCCAUGA